AUGGCUCCCGCAAACACGCUCCCCGCCUGGGCUGAGCUUCAGGCCCAUCGCGACAACGUGGGCAAGAACUUUGUCCUCAAGGACGCCUUUGCCUCUGACUCGGACCGCUUCGACCGCUUCUCUCGCACGUUUUCCUCGGACGACGUCUCGGCCGACAUCCUUUUUGACUUUAGCAAGAACUUCCUGACCGAGGACACGCUCAACCUUCUCAUCAAGCUCGCCGAGCAGGCCGGUGUCGAGCGCAAGCGCGAUGCCAUGUUUGCCGGCGAUAAGAUCAACUUUACGGAGAACCGUGCCGUCUUCCACCCGGCCCUGCGCAACGUCAGCGGUGUCGAGAUGAAGGUCGACGGCCAGGAUGUCAUGAACUGCCCCGGCGGCGUCAACGACGUCCUCAAGCACAUGAAGGAGUUCUCCGGCCAGGUCCGCAGCGGCGAGUGGAAGGGCUUCACAGGCAAAAAGCUCACCACAAUCAUAAACAUUGGCAUUGGCGGAUCCGACCUCGGCCCCGUCAUGGUCACAGAGGCGCUCAAGCACUACGGCGCCGACGACAUGACGCUCCACUUCGUUUCCAACAUUGACGGCACCCACAUGGCUGAGGCCCUCAAGCACUCAGACCCGGAGACGACUCUCUUCCUCGUCGCCUCAAAGACCUUUACCACGGCUGAGACGACGACCAACGCAAACACGGCCAAGGCCUGGUUCCUCGAGAAGUCGGGCGGCAAAGGCGACAUUGCAAAACACUUUGUCGCCCUCUCCACAAACGAGCCCGAGGUGACAAAGUUUGGUAUUGACAGCAAGAAUAUGUUUGGCUUCGAGAGCUGGGUCGGCGGCCGCUACUCGGUUUGGAGCGCCAUUGGCCUCAGCGUCGCCAUCUACGUCGGCUUCGAGAAUUUCCACAAGUUCCUCAGCGGUGCCCAUGCCAUGGACCAGCACUUCCGCAAGACUCCCAUCAAGGACAACAUUCCUAUCCUCGGCGGCCUGCUCAGCGUCUGGUACUCGGACUUUUUCCAGGCCCAGACUCACCUCGUUGCGCCGUUCGACCAGUAUCUCCAUCGCUUUCCGGCCUAUCUGCAGCAGCUCUCCAUGGAGUCAAACGGCAAGUCAAUCUCGUCUGACGGAUCGUCGGUCAAGUACACAACUGGCCCCAUUCUUUUUGGCGAGCCCUGCACCAACGCCCAACACUCCUUCUUCCAGCUUGUGCACCAGGGCACCAAGCUGAUCCCCACCGACUUCAUCCUCGCCGCCCAGUCGCACAACCCCAUGGCCCACAACCUCCACCAGAAGAUGCUCGCUUCCAACUACUUCGCGCAGGCCGAGGCCCUUAUGGUUGGCAAGACUGACGACCAGGUCAAGGCGGAAGGAACCGCGAGCGACCUCGUGCCCCAUAAGCGCUUCCUCGGCAACCGCCCGACGACGUCGAUCCUCGUCGGGGGCUCCAUAGGGCCCGCGGAGCUCGGUGCCUUGAUUGUCUACUACGAGCACCUGACCUUUACGGAGGGCGCCAUCUGGGACGUCAACAGCUUCGACCAGUGGGGCGUCGAGCUGGGCAAGGUGCUGGCAAAAAAGAUUCUCAAGGAGCUCGACGAGCCCGGAAAUGGCGAGGGCCACGACAGCUCGACUGGCAGCCUCAUUGGCGCCUUCAAGAAGUAUGCCAAGAUUUGA